CUGAGUGGGCCAUUGUUCCACAGGCAUGUUUGUUUCACCAGGUUUUCUUUCAGCUAACAAAACUUUCCCGUCACUCCGAGCAAAAAUAUCGGGCUCAACGAAGCUUUGACAGCCCGGAAUAUUGGAAUCUCUCCAUUUUCUCCAAGGAUGUACAGCUUCAUGGGAGGCGGCUUGUUCUGCGCCGGAGUGGGCAACAUUCUCCUCAUCGUCUCCACGGCAACAGACUACUGGAUGCAGUACCGCCACUCCAGCAACUACAUGCACCAGGGCCUGUGGCGCUACUGUGUGCCCGGAAAAUGCAUGACGCACACCGACAGCAUCGCGUACUGGGACGCCACCCGAGCCUUCAUGAUUCUUUCCCUGCUGGCGUGCUUCAUCGGCAUCGUGAUCGGGGUCAUGGCCUUCAUCCACUACUCCUCCUUUGACGGCUUUGACAAGACCUUUGCAGCCGGCAUCCUCUUCUUCAUAUCCUGCUUCUUCGUGCUGCUGGCCAUGGCGGUGUACACGGGCGUGACGGUCAACUACUACGGCAAACGCUACGGGAGCUGGCGCUUCUCCUGGUCGUACAUUAUGGGCUGGGUGGCGGUGGUGCUCACCUUCUUCUCAGGUAUCUUCUACAUGUGUGCCUACCGGAUGCACGAAUGCCCGCGCAACUCCAACUCGCGCUGACCUGGCGAAGGCGAGGACACGCGCACGGGGUGCUGACCGACGCGACCUCCAGGAAUAAACGCCCUUUAUGAACUCUAUCACUUCAUCAACAUUCACCAAGGUGCUCAAUAAAUGAGAAAGUGCA